AUGGAUCCUUCGGAGAAGAAGAUAUCGGUGUGGAUCUGCCAGGAGGAGAAGUUGGUGUCCGGCCUCUCCCGCCGCACCACUUGCUCGGACGUGGUGCGGGUGCUCUUGGAGGACGGCUGCCGGCGGCGACGGAGGCAGCGGCGGGGCCGACGGCUGGGGGCGGCCGGCGACCCGCCAGGCCCGGGGGAGCUGCCCGAGCCCCCAGACGAGGAGGACGAGGAGGACGACGAGGCAAUGCCACAGGGCAUGCUGUGCGGGCCCCCGCAGUGCUAUUGCAUUGUAGAGAAGUGGCGCGGCUUUGAGCGCAUCCUGCCCAACAAGACGCGCAUCUUGCGCCUGUGGACAGCCUGGGGCGAUGAGCAGGAGAAUGUGCGCUUCGUGCUAGUGCGCAGCGAGGCGUCGCUGCCCAACGCCGGCCCUCGCAGCGCCGAGGCGCGCGUCGUGCUCAGCCGCGAGCGCCCCUGCCUGGCCCGGGGGGCUCCGGCGCGGCCCAGCCUGGCCAUGACCCAGGAGAAACAGCGGCGUGUGGUGCGCAAAGCCUUCCGCAAGCUGGCCAAGCUCAACCGGCGGCGCCAGCAGCAGCCGCCGUCGUCCUGUUCGUCCACUUCAUCGUCCACCGCCUCGUCCUGCUCGUCGUCGCCACGGGCCCAGGAGAGCGCGUCGGUGGAGCGCAUGGAGACGCUGGUGCAUCUUGUGCUGUCCCAGGACCACACCAUCCGCCAGCAGGUGCAGCGGCUCCGGGAGCUGGACCGCGAGAUCGACCGCUACGAGGCCAAGGUGCACCUGGACCGCAUGCGACGGCACGGGGUCAACUACGUGCAGGACACUUACUUGGUGGGGGCAGGCAUCGAGCUCGACGGGCCCAGUCCGGGGGAGGAGCCGGCGGAGGUGUUGGCGGCGGAGAAGGAGGCGGCGGCAGGGGCGCCCCUGGACGGCGAGGCGCAGGCAGCGGCCCUGGAGGAGCUGGCCAGACGCUGCGACGACCUGCUGCAGCUGCAGGAACAGCGGGCCCAGCAGGAGGAGUUGCUCGAGCGCCUCUCAACCGAGAUUCAGGAGGAGCUGAACCAGAGGUGGAUGCGGCGGCGCCAGGAGGAGCUGGCGGCACGGGAGGAGACCCCGGAGCCCGACGGCGGCCCCGACGGUGAGCUGCUGCUGGAGAAGGAGCGGGUUAGGACGCAGCUCAGCACCAGCCUUUACAUCGGGCUCCGGCUCAACACGGACCUGGAGGCCGUCAAGUCGGACUUGGAUUACAGCCAGCAGCAGUGGGACAGCAAGGAGCGCGAGCUGCAGGGCCUUCUCCAGACUUUGCACACUUUGGAGCUGAUGGUGGCACCGGAUGGGGAUCCCGGUUCCGGCGGAACGUCGCGGGAACCCCGGCCCCAGGCGUGCGCAGAGAUGUGGGUAGACCAGGCCCGCGGACUGGCCAAGAGCUGUCCUGGCAACGACGAGGACUCGGAUACGGGACUGAGCUCUAUGCACAGCCAGGACUCGGACUCGGUGCCCGUGUCCGAGUCCCUUGUAUAG